AUGAACAUUUUCUCUCCGCAGUUAAUAUCAAACAGAGAUUGUGUUAAAUACGAACAAGACAUGAAUCACGGCGAGUUUAAUCUCGCCACCGGUGAAGUUCCGUUGAUAACCGGAGAAUCUCUCGCCGUCCAUCCUUUUGCUAAUGGGGCGGCGAAAGCUGGCUUCAACAAAUCAGAAAGCGGUCUCACUUACAAUUUCAACUCCUCCUCUGUUCUUCCUCCCUCUACGAAACGCCAGCGAGAGUCUCAGUUCAUUGACACAGACGCUCAGUUUCCGUCUGCGGUUAAACGGAGGUCCGUCGCGUAUGGAUCAUCGCCGUUGAUAAACGCUGAAUUAGUAUCACAGAUCCACAACCAGCAACAAUCGGAGAUCGACCGGUUCGUGGCUCAGCAAACGGAGAAGCUUAGAAUAGAGGUCGAAGCUCGUCAGCAAACGCAAACGCAGAUGCUAGCGGCUGCGGUUCAAAACGCGAUAGCCAAGAAACUAAAAGAAAAAGACGACGAGAUCGUACGGGUGAGAAACCUUAACUGGGUUUUACAAGAGCGAGUGAAGAGUCUCUACGUCGAGAAUCAAAUCUGGCGCGAUAUCGCUCAAACCAAUGAAGCAACCGCUAACAAUCUUCGAACAAACCUCGACCAAGUUCUCGCUCAGAUCGAAACGUUCCCAACCGCAUCCCCGGCUGUAGUAGAAGACGAUGCUGAAUCGAGCUGUGGAAGUUGCUGCGAUGGCGGUGGCAAUGGUGGUGACGCUAUUACGGCGGCUAGAGGCGGUUGCAAGAGGUGCGGUGAGAGAGAAGCGAGUGUGUUGGUGUUACCUUGUCGUCAUUUGUGUUUGUGUACGGUUUGUGGUUCGGCUUUGUUACGGACCUGUCCCGUUUGCGAUUCGGUCAUGAACGCUAGUGUACAUGUUAACAUGUCUUCUUGA